AUGUUUUGGAGAUUUGGCGGUUACGCCAACAUCUCCACCAUCGACACCAUCCUCGACAAGCCCGACUUCACUCUCGAGGAGCUCCUGGACGAGACCGACCUGAUCCAGGAGCUCAAACAGCACAACUCCAAACUCAUCGAGUACCUCCGCGAGGACAAGAUACUCGAGAGACUGUUGGAGUAUGUCGUCGCCUCCAAACUCGAAGUCUUCGCAACCCCCGAUGACGCCGCCGACGAAGAAGCAAAGGGCAAAAGUCGCCUGUUGCCCUUUUCGCGACCUCGCGCCUCGUCUCGGGCCACCGACCUGACCAACAAUGAUGAGGAGGAGCAAGAGAAGCGACGUAACCGAUAUGCUCUCGUCGCCGCCGAGGUCUUGAGCUCCGACACCUGGUCAAUUUACGAGGCCCUGACAGAAAACCGUCAACUGGUCCGCAAGUUCUGGCAAUUUCUCGACCGGCCCGCCCCCCUCGACCCUCUUCAAGCCAGUUACUUCACCAAGGUCAAUGAGUCCUUGUUCGAGAAGAAGACGGACGACAUGAUGGAACUCUUCCGCACCAUUCCCUCCGUGGUUCCUCAGCUCCUGAACCACGUCGAAUGUCCCAUGAUUAUGGAUCUGCUUCUCAAAAUCAUUGCACUAGAUCGCAACGAAGGCGGUCAAGGCAUCGUAGAGUGGCUCUACUCCAAAGACAUCAUACCAACGCUCCUUUCUUGCCUCGAUCCCAAGCACAGCUGGGUUAUGCAAACGGCUGCUGGAGAUUUCAUCAAGGCAAUCAUCACCAUAUCUGCAAAUGCCUCGCAAAACGAACAGCAGUGCAUAGGUCCCAACGAACUCACCCGUCAGCUCGUGUCGCAACCCUGCGUCGAACAACUCAUUGGUUACAUGCUCCGAGGCGGCAAUCCUCUCACUGUCGGCGUCGGGAUUGUCAUUGAAGUCAUCAGAAAAAACAACUCCGAUUAUGAUCCCGACGUGGGCUCCGAAGCAAACCCCGUGCCUUCUAGCCGGGACCCUAUUUACCUGGGCACGUUGCUGCGGCUUUUCGCUGACAACGUACCCAACUUCAUGACCCUCAUCAUGGAUGGGCCUUCGCGAAAACAUGAUCUCGAGUCUACGUUUGGGGAAAAGUUGGAGCCCCUCGGUUUUGACCGAUUCAAGACCUGCGAGUUGAUGGCAGAAUUGUUGCACUGCAGCAACAUGGGACUUCUCAACGAAGUCGGGUCGGAGCAAUUGAUAGCAAGCAGAGAUGCCGAGCGUCAUCGUUUGCGGAUCCAAGGGAAGCUCGGUCCUCGCAGGGACGAGAAUCCCAGCACUGAGGAUCUUACCAUGCGAAUGCCCCACGGCACCCACGAUGAGGCACGACGUUUGGAGGUAAUCAAUCCUGCUGAUGAUGAUGGCUUUGAAGAGGUAGAACCCAGCAAAGAAAUGAGUGAAGAUACGUCGCACGAGUUUGUCAAAGCAGAAGACGACAUCGCGGCAGGCCCUCCCUCGUCAUUCCUUGAUAAGGACGAAGACGACUUUGUCGACGAGCCACUUAGCUCCCCCCGCCUCUCUGUCGGCGUUGACAAGAUGAAUGAGCAGCAGUUUGAGGAUCCAGAUCUCAUUGUUGCGCCAUUGUCUCCCAGCAAAAUCAAAUGCGUCGAAACUUUCGAGACGGAAAACUCUACAACGCCGCACAAUACGGCAACGGCUAUCUUGGCUGAUCUGGAUUCUGCUGCCAAGGAGAUAGAUGAGCAUCUCAAUCCCCGCGAACAUGCAAGCAGUCUUUCUAUCCCCCCUGUUACCGGUGCUGAAGCAAAAGUUCCUGCCUCUGUGCUAGACCCAAACGAGUUGAGAAACGACAGCCAGCAUGCUGGCCUGUCACCUCAUCCAGAGGACACGCCCGCACCGCUGUUUUCGGCAUCCAGUGCCGCGUCGCCCGCUGCAGAACAGUCCGCCGAAAAGAACGAGGCUGAAGGAACGGCCAAUGCUCCCGGAAUUUCAUCAACAGAGCGAGAAACAGCGUCAAAAGACUUCACUGACAGAGAAGAGAUCCCUGUGGCACAUGAGCAGCCACAGACGAUUGUUUCACCAGGACCCGUGGUGGGAGACUACCUCAAAAUGCAGUUCGUCGAACAUCGUGUUGUGCCAGCAAUCUUGUCAUUUUUCUUUUCAUAUCCAUGGAACAACUUUCUGCACAAUGUGGUGUAUGACAUUGUCCAACAGGUAUUCAACGGUCCUAUGGACCGUGGGUAUAACUCAACCCUGGCCGUAUCUCUGUUCGAGGCUGCAGACAUCACGACGGCCAUUAUCAACGGUCAACAGGCCAGCGAUGUGUCUCAGGCCAAGGCCAAGACACGCAUGGGCUACAUGGGCCACUUGACUCUCAUUGCCGAGGAAGUGGUCAAGUUUACGGAACGCCAUCCCCCCGAGUUACUUUCCGAAACGGUUCUUGAUAAGGUGAUGAGUCAAGAGUGGAUCAACUACGUGGAGGGUGCUCUAGCAGAGACGCGCGAGCGAGACAAUGCCAUUCUGGGAGGUGUCCGUCCUGAGGUUGCUCUUGGACAUCGGGGAAGCAUUGGAAGUGGAAGCGGUCUGGCCGGGGUAGGAUUCUCUGGUCUCGGAGGCGGAUCCUCCGCAGCAUCCAACGUUUUAGCGGAAGCUGGCCUGAAUGGAGGCAUAGAUCUCAACGAAGGCAGCAACAACAGCAUCGGUCCUUUCGCCAUCAGCGCCGGAACCUUGAUGUCGGGCUUUGGAAGCAGUAGCGACGAAGAGGAUGAAGAAGGAGAUGCGGAGGAGGAGGAUGUCAACUCCGAGUUCCGGUCCUACACAGAUCCUCUCAACAAUACGAGUGCGUCGAUGACUCCGCCUUCAAUCCCUCCGCCGCCUCCGCCGCCGCCACCGUUGAACAUUCCCCCCUCAAGGGCCAGACUCCAACUUGCCGCACGUUUGGCGAUGCACCAGAAGAAGAGCCAAUCUUUUCAGCCAUCGUCAGAAGCUCUAUACCGCGGUGGAGAUGACGAAGACAACACGGUGGAUCCGUUCAGAGAUGGCGAUGACGACCUUGACGACGACGACGAUGAUGACGACGAUGUUGAGGAUGAUGAGCUCCAGGUGAAUAUUGGCCGAGGCAGUAGUCGUGGGUCAUGGUGGAGAAGCAUGGUGGGAAAGAAAGUGAACAACGAAGGAGACGAUUCGGACGAAGCUGACGAGGACGAGGAUGAGUUUGGGGACUUUGCCAUGGCAGAAGAGGACAACAAGACGGACGGAGGGGCGAGUGCGGACAGCUUGGUGUUGAGGCCAUUGCCGAUCAAUCCUGCGAAAGAAAGCAGCAGAGGUCUCAGUGGUUUAUGGCCGUUUGGUUCGAAGAGCGACAGCCGGGCCAAGCGAGAGCACGAGAGCGAAGGACACAAAAUCGAAGACAUGACGUUUGCAGGGGACAAGCAGCGCGAAGGCAGGAAGGCGAUCGAGGUGAAGGAGGCAGUCAGCAGGACCAGCAUCGAGGAGCCGGAUGAUGAUGAAGUUAUGGUUGGUGUUGGGGCUGCAGCAGGCAAGAAGCAGGACGGGAGAUGA